AUUUUCCAAGUGUGGUCGCUCACCGGCUGCUCCCGACUCUAAGUGUUCACUGCAUCUCUGUCUGACUGCGGGUGGAGAGCUCGUCAUGCUGAGGAGCGGCACGUACAGAAAUGUUCACCAAGGAGAGGAGGUGAGACUGCGCAGCGGGAGUCUGGCACGGGAGAGGAAGCACCUUGCUCUGUGCAUCAAUAACCAGGAAGAAGUGAAAAGGUAUCAUCGCUACUGCAACCACAGCAGAGGCCAAGCUGUUCAAAAGAUAGAAAGAAGUUGUCCACGUAGGAGUGAGAUGGAGGACGACAAUAGCCUUCACCGCCGUGAUCAACAACAGCACCUAGAGAUAAAGGCUGCUGUGAUCCAGCGUGCCUGGCGUGCCAGUAUGUCCCGUAGAGAGAGCUGGCAAGCACAAGACAAGAACCGAACCAAUGAUCAUUGGAGAGAGACUGUGCCUUCAGAGAGCCUCCAGGAACCUGUGAUGACCACCAAUAUUUCACCGAUUCAUCUCAAGAGCCUCCAGAGUGGCUACAAGCAUGUUAAUAAUGAAGGCUUCCAGCUGCACAGUAAUCACCUGACUAUGAACCUAGACAACAACAUCAAUGUCAACCUGCCACCAAUUGAGAACAAGGUGUUGAUUAUUCAGCGGGCUUGGCGUGACUUCCUGCAGCGACAGGAAGUGGAGAAAAGGAGCCCUUCCCCACCGUCCCUCUCCUCCUCCGAUAAGAUGAGCAUGUCAAUCAGCAUGUUGACCCUGUCAGACGGCAGCACCCCAGAUUAUAGGGAGGAUGGCAUGGACCUGGGGAGUGACGCAUCCAGUCGCUCCAGCUCAGAGUCCAACUCCAACAAGGUCACACCUUGCUCCCCUUCUCUUGACCUGGCUACUUUAGAGGACUACAAAUCCUCCCCCUCUCUGGACCUGGUUACCUUAGAGGACUAUGAGGAAGAUGAGGACUACCAAGAGUAUAAGAAGAAGGUGAUAGAAGAGUGGGAGAGUGAGUAUGGAGAGGACUAUACCUCUCCACAGCCCUCUGGUGAGGGGGACGGCAGAGAAGGCAUUGUGAGUGCUGACAGUGCUGGUGAAGGCUACAGGAAGACAGUGAACAGUCGCAGCCUUGCUGAAGAAUUCCAGGAUGUCAAGACCAUCCCGCCCUUACCGGCCCCCAGCGGACGCACCGCCACGUCAUCCGCAGCCGUCCCCGAUGAACUGAAGCAAAACGGCAAUCUGAUUUUGCCUAGGAACAACCAGCCCCAAUCUCCUGGCACACCGCAGGCAGGCACGGGGACUCCUAAGUCCAGCCACCGGAGCACCAGUCAAGGCAGGGGGAGUCGCAGCAGUGGCGGAGGCAGUGGUGGAGGAGGAGGAAGUGUGGGGACUGUGGGGAUAAUGCGAGGAUACAGAGAAGAGGAAGGGGUAGAAGAAGAGCCUCUGCCCACCAUGGACUGGGCAGCCCUGGAGAGACACCUGGCUGGGCUGCAGUGCAGAGAGCAGGAGAACCAUAACCUCAACCAAAACCAGAACCACAACAUGGGCAAGACCAACUACACCUCAGCCCAGAAGAAUGAGCGGGAGUCUAUCAGGCAGAAGUUGGCCCUGGGCAGUUUCUUCGAUGAUGGGCCGGGCAUCUACACCAGCUGUAGCAAGAGUGGCAAACCCAGUUUGUCCUCAAGGCUGCAGAGUGGGAUGAACCUACAAAUCUGUUUUGUCAACGAUAGUGGCAGCGAUAAGGACAGCGAUGCAGACGACAGCAAGACGGAGACUAGCCUGGACACACCUCUGUCCCCUAUGUCCAAACAGAGUUCUUCCUACUCGGACAGGGACACCACAGAGGACGACUCGGAGUCUCUGGAGGACAUGGACUUCUUGAGUCGACAGAAGAAGCUGCAAGCAGAGGCUAAACUGGCCCUGGCUAUGGCCAAGCCCAUGGCCAAGAUGCAGGUGGAGGUUGAAAAACAGAACCGCAAAAAGUCACCAGUGGCUGACCUGCUUCCACACAUGCCACACAUCAGCGAGUGUCUAAUGAAAAGGAGCCUGAAGCCCACAGACCUGAGAGACAUGACAGUGGGACAGCUCCAGGUUAUAGUAAACGACCUGCACUCCCAGAUUGAAAGUCUCAACGAGGAGCUCGUACAGUUGCUACUGAUUCGGGAUGAGCUACACAUGGAGCAAGACGCCAUGCUGGUUGACAUAGAGGACCUCACCAGGCAUGCCGAGAGCCAGCAGAAACAUUUGGCUGAGAAAACCCUAUCCAAAUAAGAUGCCCCCACCACCCCAACCUCCACCCAAGCACCCCCCACCCUAACACUCCCCACCCUCACCUGCAAUCCGCUUCCCUAUGCCAAGCUUAGUCCCCUGCUCCCAAACAAGCUUUCCCCCUCCAGCCAUUCCACCUCUGCCCCGCGUCGAUCCGAACCCCUCCCCGCUUGUCCUAAGUACUUUGCUCCUCGCUGCUUCCCUGUCUGCUCCCGAACCUCCCCAUCUCCCUUUCUGUCCAACUCACUGACUUCAGCGGUAGCAGCAGCACAGAAGAAGGCCGCCCUCGUUCAUUCGCUUCUGUGGUUUUCUCCCAGCGCAAAGGACGGUGUAGCACGUCCUGUUUCCUGGGAGAGGAGGCAACUGAUUGUGUGUCGUCAUGGAUUCUGUCCCCCAGCUUCCUGUGCAGUGAUCGGCCUCGCUUUGCUCUCGUUUCUUUUUUUAACUUUCUACAUUCACCACUAAAUUAUGACUGUUCAAGCUCAAAACUUGUGGAGAUAAAAAAACACAAAAUAAUAGUGAAAAAUUUAGUAGAAAGUCAGUCAUGAGAUUUAAAAAAGAAGAAGAAAAAUGAAACAACGCUGUAUGAGAAAAAAAAAUCAUGGAAAACUAACUUCAGACCAUUUUAAGUUGGACGGUAAUUUAAAAGUAUUUCAGAGUCGACCCGUUUUUAUUCUGCACAAAUGGUCGUUUUCAGCUGAUGAGAAAUGUUCGUUUGAAGGUGCUAUAAGAGUGUAAAAGGAAAACAUGCCUGCCUUGUAGUGGAGUUGUAGAUUUUUUUGGUAAUACGUUCACUCUAAUUGCUCUUCAACAUUUUGUGAAUGUUGAUUUUCUGACACGAGUCAUUUUAAAUGAAUAAGUGUGUUAAUAUUGUUUUCAUCCUACUGUAUUCAGAUACUUUAUUUGAGGGAAGAAAUGUUUAUGUACAGAUAUGUAAAAUAAAGAAUAAACUUUGUUUCAUAUAUGGCGGUUUGCUGUG